CACACCUGGAUCCCUGUGCACACCUGGAUGGGCAAACCUGGAUGGGCACACCUGGAUGAGCUCACCUGGAUCCCUGUGCACACCUGGAUGGGCUCACCUGGAUCCCUGUGCACACCUGGAUGGGCACACCUGGAUGGGCUCACUUGGAUGGGCACACCUGGAUCCCUGGGCACACCUGGAUGGGCACACCUGGAUGGGCACACCUGGAUCCCUGUGCACACCUGGAUGGGCUCACCUGGAUGGGCUCACCUGGAUGGGCUCACCUGGAUGGGCACACCUGGAUCCCUGUGCACACCUGGAUGGGCACACCUGGAUGGGCACACCUGGGCACACUGUGCUCACCUGGAUCCCUGUGCACACCUGGAUGGGCACACCUGGGCACACCUGGAUCCAUGUGCACACCUGGAUGGGCACACCUGGGGUGUGUUCACCUGGAUGGGCACACCGGGGCACACCUGGAUCCUUGUGCAUACCUGCAAUGUGCACAUCUGGAUCCUUGUGCACACUUGGGCAUACCUGAAGCUGUGCGCACAUGGGCACACCUGGAUCCUUGGGCACACCUGGGCACACCUGGGGAUGCACACUUGGGCAUUUCUGUGCACACCUCGGGCUGCGGCACACUUGGAUCCCUGUGCACACCUGGGAUGGGCACACCUGGGCACACCUGAGCUGUGCACACCAGGGAUGGGCACGCCAGGGCACACCUGGAUCCCUGUGCACACCUGGGAUGGGCACACCUGGGCACACCUGAGCUGUGCACACCUGGGACUGUGCACUCACAGCCCUUCAUGCACACCUGGACACGGCCGCACGCCCAGGUGUGCCCCCGUGCACACGCAGCCCCCGCGCCCCCCCUGCACACGCGUGUGCGACAGGGCACAGGUGGGGCAGCACACACACCUGGGGCACAUGUGGAAGUGCCACGCACCUGUGUGAGCACAAACACUCAGGAAGGUGUGACAGUGCCACGCACCUGGGCAGGUGUGACAGUGCCACACACCUGUGAGCGUGCACAGGUGACAGCCGCGGGUGUGGCCACAGACCGGCACAAGGGUGGCAGCUCUUGCACACCUGCGCAGCCACACCUGGGCGUGCAAAUGCGCUGCCGCCUGAACACACCAGUGCUCACACCUGUGCUCACACCUGUGCUCACACCCAAAUGCACGGCCAGGGGAACACGUGCCCACAUGUGUGUGCAAAUGGGCUCACACAGGUGUGUGAGCGCACAGGUGUGUGUGUGCCCGGCUGUGCACUCCCCUGGACCCAAGGCGGGGUGUCCACACCUGCUCCCCCCUGCACACGCACCUGUGCCCGCCUGUGCUCACAGCCGCCCCCAGCCCCCGCACACGCGUGUGUGACACGCCCCUCCCCCUCGCACGCGCGUGUGCCGCGCCCCGGGCCGGGGGGGCCAGGCCAGGCUGGGGGGGGCGGGACCCCAGCCCGGGGUCCCUUUUG